AUCAAUUUCAGUCUCCUCGUAUCUUUCUUCUUCCUUGGAUUAACUGGGGUAUUUGGGAACCAGCUGUUGUUCUUAAUGGGGCUUGGAUAUACAAAUCCAACAUAUGCUGCUGCCGUUCAGCCUGCAAUCCCUGUGUUUACUUUUGUUUUAGCAGCUUUCAUGGGCACCGAAAAAGUGAAUCUGAUGAAAAUUGGAGGUCAACUCAAGGUUGGGGGCACAAUAGUAUGUGUUUCUGGAGCUAUACUAAUGGUUUUGUUCAAGGGACCAUCUAUAUUUGGAGAGGAUGUCACUGAAUUGUUGCACGGAGCAGCGACGACGAAUGAUUUAAUUGCCGGGGCACAACCAGAACCUGCUGGAGGGUUGAUUUCGGGUUUGUUGGGUAUUGGUCUUACCAAGUUUCACAUUGGGAUGCUCUGCUUGAUUGGGAACUGCUUUUGUAUGGCUGUUUAUCUAUCCUUCCAGAAUUUCCUGAAUGAUGAGAACACAGAAUGGAACAGGAGAGUGGAUGGAGACAUCUGUUGUAUACUUGAGAACAGCAGGUGGUAUUCGCAUUCAAUUGGGGGAGGCAUUUCUACGGGAAUUCGAAUAGGAGGAAGAUAA